AUGGCCGAUACACAGGAUCCCAUCACGUGGGGGCCAGCGGCUCCCCAUGGUCCCGAUGUCAGUGGUCACCAUCCCUCACUCGUCGCUCCCGACUUUGGCAUGAGCCACAAUGAAAAGGAGAUUUUCAACUCGCUGCUCAAGCCCGACGACUCGUACGACACCAAUGGUGUCUACUGGGCUGAUCUGCCAUGGUUUCGCCGUUUCAAGUUCGUUCAAAGUGUGAACUCGGUGGAAGCCAAGCGCGAAUUCGGCUCUUUCUGGUCAAUGUUCAAGGCCGAUCCGCUUUCUCCCGUCGGCUUCUACUUCAGAAAUAUGGUCUUGCCCGGAGCCGGUCUUGGUCUUGAAGGUUACGUGUUGUUCUCGAUCGGUAAUCUCAAGCCUCUCUUCCAGAAGGGCUUCCCAGACUGCUGGAACUCUGAAACGACGUGCAACCCCACUUGGAUCGCCGCUGUCGAAUACCUCGAAAUCUGCGGUAUUAUUGUUGGCCAGAUCUUGGUCGGUAUCAUCGGCGACUGGAUUGGUCGCCGAUGGGGCUUGAUCCAGGAUGCCACGAUUAUGUUUAUCGGCCUCAUCAUGCUUACAGCCGCCUGGGGUGUGACUGAGAAUGGUUGGGUCAUCUGCUACGUUUGGUCACUGUUCUUUUACGGAGUUGGCGUCGGAGGGGAGUAUCCCAUGACCGCCACGUCCGGUAUGGAGAAUGCCGUCGGCUCCGGAAAGAUUUCGACCAGAGAAGAUCGUCUUCAUCGUGGACGCAAGGUCACCAGUGCCUUCCUCAUGCAGGGCUGGGGCCAGUUCUUCAACCAGGUUCUUCUCAUCCUGCUGCUGCUUAUCUUCCACCAUGGCAGCGGGAACCCACCAUACUCGAAGCUUGCGGUUCAAUGGACCUACCGCAUCUCUUUUGCUUUGCCGGCAAUUGGAACAUUAUGGCUUGUGUACUACCGUACCUACAAGAUGAGAGCUGCCAGCAAGCAGCUACAGGCGGCCAAGAAGAAGUCGAGCGUGACAGGUUACGACUCAGCCGCACUUCGCAUUACGCUCAACCAUUUCGGCGGCCGCCUCCUUGCCACGGCUGGUACCUGGUACAUGAACGACGUCUUUUUCUACGGCAACAAGCUGUUUCAAGUCCCCUUCUCCAUGCCGACUCAGACUAAUCGGCCUGUGCAACAGAGUGAAUUCAUAAAAGUCAUCAGCCCCGACAACAAAUCGAUCAUGCCAGGUUGGCUAUACAACCUGAUCAACGUUGGCGUAUCUCUUUGCGGGUACUAUCUUGCGAGCUUCCUCAUCGACAACAAGAUGUACGGACGCAAGCAUAUGCAAACGAUUGGGUUCUUGAUGUGCUUCAUCCUCUUUGUGGUUCCAGGCUUCAACUUCAAGUACUACACCGAGCCCGCGCACAUCCAUUCCUUCCAGGCCAUGUAUUUCCUGUCGUCCUUCUUCAACCAAUUUGGUCCGAACUCCGUCACCUUCCUUGUAGCCGCCGAGGUGUACCCGACAGCAGUGCGCGCCACUGCCCACGGCUUUUCCGCCGCUGUCGGUAAGCUCGGCGCCCUGACCGCCGCGGUGCUCUACAACUACAUCGACACACAAACAAAGUUCUACGUCGUACCCUGGUUCGGUCUUGCCGGCGUCAUCCUCACCGUCGUCUUCAUGCCCGACACCACGGGGCUCGAUCUCAAGGAACAGGAACGUCGCUGGGCCUUCAUCCGCGCCGGCCGCGAGAAGGAGUACCACGGUGUCGCCAUCCACCCCAGGCACGUGUCCCUGUGGGAACGAUUCCGAGGCGUCCACAAGCCGUACGAUGCGGAACUCGAUUACAAACAGAAGCUGGAAGAGAUGCGUGGCGAGUGGGAGCUCAAGAUGCAACAAAAGUACGAUGAGAAGAACGGUCGUCUCGACGAGGCCGAUGUCUUCGAUGACGACUUCCACACCGAUGCGACAACCUACUUCAAGCGGACGCAUCAUGGUUCGUCGAACAACACCGAUUACGAGAAGGAAAAGCUGGGUGACCUCGAUAGCUCGGAGAAUAGUCCUUCUCCGCCUGCUACACGCUAA